CGCUGACUCGCCCGCGUCUCCCCGACCUACUCCUGCUCGACUCUGCAUCGCCCGCUCCUCCCCCCGUCCACCUCGCGUCGCCGCCGCCUCCUCCCCCCGUCCACCUCGCGCCGCCGCCCCCUCCUCCCCCCGUCCUCCUCGCGCCGCCGCCUCCUCCUCCCGUCCGCCUCGCGCCGCCGCCGCCUCCCACUUGCUCCCCUCGUGCCGCUGCCGCCGCCUCCCCUCCACCCGCCGACCGCACGGCCCUCGCUGCGCGUUCCGCCCGCGCCGGCGCGUGCUCCCCUCGGGCAGCCGCCACGCACUCCGCCCGCGUCGCUGCCCACGUCCCCCCUGGCCGGAUCCGGGUUGCCGACGACCACCCCCGUUCGGAUCCGGCGGCCCCGCCCUCGUCGAGUGUCGCCUGGCGCCGCCCUGGCCGCCGCCACCGCCGAGACAUGGUUGAUGAGUCGGUUGAUGAGUACCUUGACAUCGUCGAGAGGAUGUUUGGUAGCGAGGAUGAUGGUUUCGAGUUCUAUAACAGUUAUGCUCUUGAAAAAGGUUUUAGUGUGCGGAAAAGCUAUGUUGAGUGGGAUGAAGCCAACGAGGAGAUAAUUCUGAGGAAAUUUGUCUGUAGUCGUGAAGGUUCGUGUGAAGAGAAGCACAUGAAGAGAGAAGAUAGGAAGAGGAGGCCACGCAAUCUCACUCGUGUUGGGUGUCGAGCCAAAUUGGUCAUUGCAAGAGUCAAGGAAACAGGGCGUUGGUUCGUGAAGGAUUUCAUCGAUGAGCACACCCAUCCUCUUGCCCCACGGGAUCUUGCUUGUCUUUUGCAUUCGCACAGAAGAAUCAGCGACGAGCAGAAAGCGGACAUUGUAGAGAUGGAAAUAUCUGGGCUCCGCAAACAUAAAAUCAUGGAUAUCCUGGUGAUGCAGUACGGUGGAUAUGAUGAAGUUGGAUGUACCAUGAGGGACAUUUAUAAUUUCUGCCAUCUCUAUAAGCAGGAAACAAUCGCUACCGGUGAUGCCCAAACGGUGAUCUGUCACAUGAUGGCGCGCCAGGAGAGAGAUCCAAAUUUUUUCUUCAAGAACUUGGUCGAUGGAGAGGGGCAUCUCAAGGGAUUGUUUUGGGCCGAUAGUCAAUCCAGGCUUGACUACGAGGUUUUUGGCGAUGUUGUUGUUUUUGAUAGCACGUACAGGACCAAUAAGUACAACCUGCUCUUUGUGCCGUUUGUUGGGCUGAAUCACCACCGCAGCACUGUUGUUUUUGGAUGUGGUAUUAUUUCUCAUGAAACAAGCGAGUCCUACGAGUGGAUGCUACGGACCUUUUCUGCUGCCAUGGCCCAGAAGCACCCGAUAUCUGUGAUCACCGACGGGGACCUGGCGAUGCAGAGAGCGAUAAGGGUGGUCUGGCCUGACACGAUUCAUAGGUUGUGCGUAUGGCACAUUCAGCAGAACAUCUUACGUCAUCUUGGUGAUGAUUUGGUUAAGGAAGAAUUCAGAUCUGUUAUAUAUGAUCGCUCUCCCAUAGAAGAGCAUGAGAAAAAAUGGAUGGAUUUCUUAGAAAGGAGUAAAGUAACAAGUGAGGAGUCGUGGUUGCAUCAGAUGUAUCAGAUGAGGAAGCUGUGGUGUGCCUCGUAUCUGGUGGGACACUGUUUCUUAGGAUUGAGCAGUAAUCAGAGGAGCGAGAGCCUAAACUCUGUUCUGCAUACCCAUCUUGAUGGUAGCAUGACAUUGUUUAAAAUGCUAGAACAUUAUGAGCGUUGCCUUUUGACACGACGCCUAAACAAGUCGAUCCUAGACAUUGUGGCCUUGCAGUCCGUACCAUUUACAGAGGUUGAUGCUUCAAGUCUCGAGAAACAUGCUGCACAAGUUUUCACUCCUGCAAUGUUUGCGUUGGUCAGAUGGAGUACAAAUGCUGCAAGUAACUGUACCAUGUUUGAGAUAAUAGAUGCAGACAAUUUGAGUACGUAUGUUGUGGCUAAGAAGGAUAGAAGAGAGAAGAAGUUCCAAGUGCACUGUGAGGUGAAAGAAGGUUCUUUGGACAGGAUUUCCUGUUCUUGCCGUAAGCUGGAAUGCUUACGCACACCAUGUUCCCACAUACUUUAUGUUUUAGGAAUAUUACAAGAAGAACGACUUCCCGAGUGUUGUGUUCCAACCAGGUGGACGAUGAGUGCAAAAGCUGCAUUUCCUAAGACCAGAAAAAACAACAUGUAUGAUUAUUCGGUAAGCCUGAAGAGGUACCGUGAGCUGCGGAAUUUGAGUCACGCGGCAUGCUUCUUGGCAUCUCAGUCCGUUGAAGCAUAUGAUCGUCUGAAGUUGGUUUUGAAUGUACAAGUUGACAACAAGAAAUCAUCCAGUGGUCACAAGGAAUGCAUGAGGUAUGGUCCGGUGCUGCCACAAACGGCGCAAGUUGAUUCUGGAGAAUUGGAAAAGGUUUUGGAUCCUGUGCAUGUGCAAGGCCGAGGUGCACCGAAGAAAAGACUGAAGCCACAGAAGCGGAAGAGAUCAACGGUGAAAUGCGGCUACUGCCGACAGGAGGGUCACAAUCGGCGUAAAUGCUCCGAGUGGGAAGAGGACAAGAAGCUGGCGUCCGUGGAUUAAUUUUUGGCUUCCUCCCUGGAUUAAUUCGUCCGCUUCUGUGCAUGGUGUUAAUUAUCUUUCUUAUGUUUUAGCUGUACUGUAAGUAGGAUUUAUGCAUGGUUCUGAUUGCAAGUUAGGCAUGGGGUAAUGAAUUCCAUACUUGUUUCAUUGUUUGUUAGCUGUCAUCUACAAGACUGAAACCUGCAGCCUAAAACAUUUGAUUGUUCGCGAUGUAACCGGGCAAUGGCCGUCAUUCUUAUUCUGGUACCAAUGACAAUUAUAAUAGCUGAUCAGUUUUGAGCAUUGUGUUUGGAGACACAGAUGCAUAUGGCUUCUUCAGCUACUUAAUGAGAAAGCGGUCGGAGAACUCUGGUUGUUUCUACUACCUCUAAAAGCCUGUUUUUAAGCCGUGGUAAGCAUGUUGAACCAAUAGUAGUUUAGCUUAAUAUCUUUUUGUUGUAUCGGUCUUGUCUUUGUAUCAGGAAAUAGGCCAUAUUGCAUGACUACGAUGUUCUUGUAUGUGCCUAUACUGAUGUCAAAACCAGCAGUUUCCUGUAUAUAUGAUGUUUUCAUGUUGAUACCUGCGUGUUGACAAGUAUUCUCUCACAGGUAUCAAAGAAAUUGAAUAUUAAGCAAGAAAAGCUUUCUCCAAUAGUAGAUGACUUAAGAGGACGAGCUGCUCCAGACCUGGAGAGUUUGACGUUCUGGUACUGGGAGCAUGUCCAUGCUGGGCCGGUCUCCUAUGAUCCUAUAUCCCCUCCGUUGAUGGCAAGAUGGGAUGAAGGCAACGCAGCACUAAGAGCGGUGGCCUAUGUUAGUGGAGGACCAGAUCGAGGAGAGGUACUUUUAUAUGCACAACUAUUUCAUUUUAGCUUAUUUAAUUCUUAUGACUGAUGCAUUCUACCUUUUGCAAGGUUACGAUGAACAUUUGUGAUGACAAUGGACGGAUGAACAUUCCCAAUGCUCAACCUACCAUGCCAGCAAAUGAAAAGAUACACGCGGAUGGAGAUUUCAGCUUCGAAGCACAACCAGGAUAUCUUGGUAUUAGCAACCAACAAAUGGACGCGAUAAUGUAAACUAUCUCCAGGCAAAGACUAGAAAUCGAGAAAAAAAUAGGCAGACAACUACUGGACAUGGAGCACAAAAUUGAUUCCAGAAUUCUUGCCUUGACUGAGGAGGUCGGAGAAAUUAGGACACAAAAUGCUACCAAAACAAGGUUGUCUAAGGUGGAGGGUAAACUCAUCGAGGUCAAAAGAGAAUUCCAUGUAUCUGAUACUACUAACAUCGGUUUAAAAUGCAUCUUCCCAUGUAACAUCCUGGAUAUAUACUCAUCACAUGUAUUUCAUGGUCCAGAGAUUUAGGAAAAUGGUUCAUGGCAA